UCAAUCAAAAAGCAAGGCGCCUCUUGGGACCGAAAGAUCGGGAAGUUUAUAACCAAAUUUAUAGACCACUUCCUGAGACAGACAAGAAAAACAAUAAGAAAAGAUGCUAACAAUUGCAAAUAUAUGCUAUUUUCUUUACUCGAAGACUUCGGUUACUGCAGGAGAGCACAAAAAUACAAACGCUGCUCUUUUCCUCUGUUUUUGAUUUGAUCAAGGAAGCGAAGGUGGAAUGUCUUACAGGGGUGUGAAUGCAGCCUUUUAACCACUGAUCUAAAGCCAGGCAGAAACGUGCAUGAAGACGGGUCAAACCCGCCAUAUCACUUGGUGACUUCUUGCUCACAGAAGUUAAUUUUUUUGGAUUUUGGGGGGGAGGGGUGGUCUGAUGGGGAAGAAAAGGGGAGAACCACUCUGAGGAAAGCCAGUGGGUGAGCUGGUCGUAUGCAAUCCAGUCGUUUCUAAACGGCCCGUGCGGAUACAAUCACGGUGGCGGGACAGAACCCAGCACUGACAGAGAUACCAGAGGACGGGGUGACAACUGUGCAAUGCCUGGAGGGAAACUGACUUGCCCCCGAAAUUUGUAACAUUAUCUGCAAUGCCAGCGUUGAAGCGGGCGGAUUUCCGAACAUCUGUCUCGUUCUGAUACGGCAGAAGGAAAUCCUGUUUUCUGGAAGACUUUUGAAUGUUAAUCCCGGGUCUUUAUAGAUUAUAUACUUUCUCCUUCCGAAGCAAAGUGUAUCCGCUUUAAAAAAAGAGUCAGAGCCUCGAACCGGUCCCGAGCUCGCAUCUUGAUGCACACUUGUAGCCGGGAGCGGAGCAGAUGAGAGUUGUGUCUCUUCGGGCUGCUGUUCCCGUGGAUCUGGCUAUUACUGUGGGGUGUGCAGCCACCGUCUGCUCGCACUCUGUCAUCCCGAGGAUCGGCGGCACCCCUGAAUUCAGCGGAGCCGCUCCGACUGACGGAUGCUGAAAGAAUGGAGGGUAUCAUUUCCUGGCUUUUUGCGGCACUGGUGACUAUCCUGUGGUGUCCUGGGGCUGCCGAGGGGAUAAAGAAACGGCAACGAUGCAACGAGCAGAUAGAGCUGUUCACGGAAACAGCCUGUACCUCCUGUUUGAUAAGCCAAAAUCUCUUGUGUCCUCGAGGCUUUCAAAAGACAAGACGCGGCUUUGGAAUUCAAGACUGCAGAUAUUUUGUGGACUUGGGUGGAGAACAGCAAAUUUCGCAAGUUGGUUGCAGGCAUAUAUGUAAGAAGAACGUUUCGAUAUCCAAGUGUUGCAAAGGAUUUUGGAGCCAGGAUUGCCUAGAGUGCCCGGGAGGAUCAGUAAAUCCUUGCAAUGGUCAUGGCACGUGUUUGGAUGGAAUAUCAGGGAAUGGAAGCUGCAUUUGUGAGCCUAAAUACAAAGGAAUUGCUUGUGAGGAGUGUAUGGAUGAAGAAGCAUUUGGCCCUAACUGCACUGUGGGAUGCAAAUGCAUACAUGGAAUUUGCAACAAUGGGAUUACUGGAAAUGGAAACUGCAUUUGUUUUUCUGGUUACACUGGGCCAAAAUGUGAUCAAGAAAUGCCUGCUUGCAAGGCCCUGCAAUGCGGAAAAAACACGCAGUGCAUAGAAGAAAAGUCUGGAAGGUUAAUUUGUUCAUGUAUGCCUGGUUUUCAGAACUUUUCAGGAACGUGUGUGGCACUAAAUCCAUGUAAUAUGAAUAUCUGUGACGAGAAUGCAGAUUGUGAAUACUUCGGUGAAGGAAAAUACCAAUGUAUCUGUCAUCCUGGUUACCAUGGAAAUGGAAAGCUGUGUUUGCCAUUAAACCCUUGCAACAUAAACAAUGGUGGCUGUCCUAAAAAUUCUACCAGUUGCAAGUAUGAAGGUCCAGGGCAGUCAUCUUGCAAGUGCAAAGAUGGAUUCAUUGGCAACAAUCCUUCAGAAGGUUGCGCUCUGAGAGAAGUUUGCAAGCCAUCUCUCUGCAAUAAUUCAGCAAAGUGCAUAACAGUAUCACCUGGAAACUUUAAGUGUGUCUGCAAACCAGAUCAAAUUGGAGAUGGACGGAAGUGCAUUGGUUCCUUAAGAGAGAUGAUCGAAAAUCUAAUCCCCUACCAAUAUAGCACUGCACCAAUUACAAUGUUUGAUAAUGGAUGUUUGUUAACAUUGAGUAAAAUGGGGCCUUUUACAGUUUUUCUUCCUCUUGUCAAAAACCAAAAGAAGAUGAUAGAAGAGGGAGACAAGUUUUCAUGCAAACAACAUAUUGUCCCUGGCGUUCUGCUGCUCAAGGACCUAGUGAACACUACGACCUUUGAAACAUUGGCUGGUGAUACAGUUGAAGUACUCCAGGCAGAAAAGUACUUUCAGCUUCUAUUUCAAAACAAAACCUACAACGUACUGAGAGGAGACAAAGUCGCAUCAAAUGGUGUCAUUCACGUCAUUGACCAGUUUCUACCCAGAAUUUCUGAGAACCUUGGAGAUCCACAGAAAACUGUUGCUGAUAUCCUUGCCAAUGGACAACUGUUUAGUAGAUUUGAAACUAUUCUUGAGAAUUGCGAUCUCCCUCUUAUACUGGAUGGUCCUGGACCUUACACAGUCUUUGUUCCAAGUAACGAGGCAGUGGACAAGCUAAGAGAUGGAACUUUAUUCUAUAUGUUUGGUGAGGGUCGGCCAAAACUUCAAGAGCUAGUGAAGCAUCAUAUCUUUGCAUCAGGCAAUUUGGCAGUGGAUAGAUUGUCAACCAUGUCUCGAAUCUUGACAAAAGCCAACCAGAUAAUAUCCAUCAAUGUGACCGCCAAUGGCCGGAUUUUGUUGGGUGAUGCAGGGGUUCCUUUGCACAAAAGGGAUAUUAUUGCUUCCAAUGGCAUCAUUCACACUCUGGAUGGCAUCCUGAUUCCUCCUUCGAUUAUCCCCAUCCUGCCAAAAAGAUGUGAUGAAAUUCAGUAUCAUGUAAUAACGGCUCCCUGCGGACAUUGCUCUUCACUAGAUAAUAGUCUCUGCCCGAAUGGAAGCACGCCAAUGGAAUCGUAUGAACAAAAUUGUGUAUACUAUAUGUCAGUAGGUGAUUUUAUCUAUAGAAGUGACACUGGCUGUGCAAGACACUGCAACCAGACUGUUGUUAAACCAAAAUGCUGUAAGGGCUUCUACGGACCAGAUUGCAAGGCUUGUUUAGGUGGUUUCCAAAAUCCAUGUUAUGGACACGGAGAAUGCUCUGAUGGAAUAGAAGGAGAUGGUUCAUGCAAAUGCCAUUCAAACUUUAAAGGAAUUGCCUGUCAUAUUUGUUCUGGACACAAUAAACAUGGUGAAAACUGCACCCAAGAUUGCCCUUGUCUGUAUGGGAUUUGCGAUAACAGACCUGAAAACGGUGGGAUUUGUCAGCCUGGCACAUGUAAAGAGGGAUUCAUGGGUACAUUCUGUGACAGGAAGACUGAGCCUUGUGGUCCAAUUGGUUUAUCCCAGUAUUGUCAUGCAUUUGCUGUGUGUGAAUACAACAAUGACACAAUCAGAUGCCUCUGUAAGGAUGGAUAUGAAGGUGACGGAAUUUCCUGUGAAGCCGAGGAUCUCUGUCAAAAGCCUGACCGUGGAGGAUGUACUGAGAAUGCAGAAUGUUUAAAUCUAGGCCCUGGAAGGGUAACCUGCCAAUGCAACAUGGGAUGGACUGGCGAUGGGCGAGUCUGCACUGAAAUAAAUGAAUGCUUAUUGAGCAUGCGAGGAGGCUGUGAUGAAAAUGCUGAUUGUCAGUAUAUUGGACCUGGACAGAGUCACUGUGUCUGUAAGAGAGGGUUUGCUGGUGAUGGCAAGAUGUGCAGUCCAAUUGAUCCAUGCCUAGAAGAGAAUGGUGGAUGCCAUGCAUUGGCUGAAUGUGAACGCACUGAGGAUGGAAACCGGAUGUGUACCUGCCCUGAAGGCUAUGCUGGAGAUGGGAUUAUGUGCUUUGGGGAUAUAUUAACAGAGCUGGCAUCAAGUGCAUACUUUUCAGGAUUUAAUAACUGGCUCCAGAAAUUGCAGGAAGGAGUGGAAAUCCCCGCAGGAGCUAAUGUGACUGUUCUCGUGCCUUCAGAAGCAGCCAUAGGCAAUGUGGAUAAGGCUGUAAUAGAAUCUUGGAAAAGUAAAGAGUACCUGCCAAUGAUAGUAAAGUCACAUUUCAUUAUGGGCGGACUUACCAUUGAUGACUUAAAAGAGUUCGAAGGACACAACUUAUCAACAAUGAACAUAUUUAUCAGGUUGCCAAUCGAGAAUGAGAAUGGGAGUCUAAUCAUUGGAGGAGCAAGAAUUGUAACGCCUAAUAUCCCAGCUGUGAAUGGCUACAUCCAUAUUAUUGACAAGAUUUUGAUUCCACCUUUGGAAGAUUUGCCUCCACUUCCACCUAGUUUGCUGGAACUUCUAGAUCAGUUGCCUCAGUACUCUCAUUUCAAGCGGUUUUUACAGCAAUACCAUCUAGUUAAUGAGCUAGAAGCAUCCAAACAGUAUACUGUAUUGAUACCAGAAGAUGCAGUAGUUGAAGAGUACUACAGAGCUGAAAGUAUUGAAAAGUUGGUGAAAUAUCAUAUCAUUCCCGGAGAAAAACUCCUGUACGAUAAAAUCAAAGACGGAAUUCAAAGAAAAACUAUGCUGGGAUCGUCACAUCAAGUAAUAUUCUACAGGAGGAAAGGUCAGAUUUUUGUUAAUAAUGUACUAUUAAACGACUUUCACAACGAGACAAGAAAUGGGAUAUUGUUGGGAACAACUCAGGUCCUCCAAUUACAGAAAAAUAGAUGUGAUAUUAACGAGACUAUAAUUGUAGAGGGGAUUUGUGGCAGCUGUGAUGAUAACCCCAUAUGUCCUGAAGGGACUACCCCUCUGGAAUUUCCUGGCCAAGCUAGAACACCAAACUGCACUUAUAAGGAGUUUAGAAAUGGCAGAAAUUUGAAGCGUACUGGCUGCAGACCCAGCUGCGUUCAAGUAACUAUUACUUUAGAUUGCUGUUUCGGAUAUUUUGGACCAAGAUGCCAGAUGUGCCCUGGCAAGCCAAAUGCGUGGUGCUCCAAUUACGGCAUCUGUCAGGAUGGUAUUAAUGGAACCGGACAGUGUCUGUGUCGUGAAGGAUUUCAGGGCACUGCCUGUGAAUCUUGUGAAGCUGGUAGAUAUGGGCCAAACUGCACUCUUGAAUGUUUGUGUGUAAAUGGAAACUGCAAUGAUGGACUAGAUGGUGAUGGAAGCUGUAACUGUUUCAAAGGGUGGGAAAGUGCAAAUUGUGAUCAAGAAAUUGUAACUGAUCACUGCGAUGGAACAUGCCAUGCCAAUGCCAAUUGUAUUCUAGGAUCAUCUGGCUCUCUGCCUUCUUGCUUGUGCACUGCUGGUUACACUGGAAAUGGAACUUACUGUUCAGAGAUUAACCGCUGUGAGAUUAAUAAUGGUGGUUGUUCAGAAUAUGCCAACUGCACCAAGGUUUCUGCAGGAGAGAGGACGUGUACCUGUUGGGAUGGUUAUGCUGGGGAUGGACUCAUCUGUUUAGAAAUUGAUGGGUGUGCAGAACAAAAUGGAGGUUGUCAUAAAAAUGCGGAAUGCACUAAAACUGGACCAAAUCUGGUCGCAUGCAACUGUCUCUCAGGUUACAUCGGCGAUGGUAGGAAAUCUUGUCAACCUGACAACCCUUGCAAGAAGAACAAUGGAGGCUGUGGUUUAUUUGCCCACUGCCAGGCAUCAGGACCAGGUACUCGAACAUGCCCCUGUUACCAUGGCUACAAAAAGGUUGGACUUUCAUGCAGAGGUGAUAUCUUUCAGGAACUUGCCAGAGACCCAACAUUCGUUGCCUUCCAUAGAUACCUUCAGAGGAACUCCAUCAAUGAACUUAAAGGAACUGGGCCAUUCACUGUGUUUGUGCCAAAACAGGAUGCACGUUCUCAAAGCACGAUAGAAAAAUGGGAAUCAAGUGGAUUGAUAAAAGAUUUACUUCGAUAUCACAUAGUAGGCUGUGAAGACCUGUUAGAUUUUGAACUAAGGGAGCAGACUAACCUUGUCGCUUUAUCUGGGAAAAUCAUUCAGAUCUCCACAAAAAAGAAUGCCAUUUAUUUGAAUGAAGAUGUGCAAAUCAUUACAUCAAACUACAUUGCGGCAAAUGGGAUUAUUCAUUAUAUCAGCAAAGUUUUGGUUCCAUUCAAAUUGGAGUCUAACAUGCGAACACCCACUUCAUCUCCGUCCAGUUUCAGCACUGUUGCAAGUGAAAAUGGAUACAAAAUAUUUAGUAAUUUGAUUAAGGAAACAAAUCUGAUACCUCUAUUAGAAGAUCCAAUUCACAAACCGUUCACAAUGAUGUGGCCAACGGAUGAAGCAUUCAAUUCUCUUCCCAAAGAGAGGAAGGAUUGGCUUUUUAGUAAAAAGAACAGACACAAUCUAGCAGCAUACUUAAAAUUCCACAUGAUCAGGGAUUCAAAGACCUUAGCAGCAGAUCUUCCGCUUAAUAAUGCCAAGAGAACGAUGCAAGGAUCGACGAUUUUAGUCAGUUGCAGUCGGACUUUAAUUGGGGAUUUGAUUGUGAACGAUGGAAGUGCUCGCAUUGUUCAAAGACACCUGGAAUUUGAUGGUGGAAUCGCAUAUGGCAUCAAUAGACUCUUGGAACCACCACAUGUAGGAGCUCGGUGUGACGCCCUUACAAUGCACCCUGUUGUUGGGAAAUGUGGUAGCUGUUUGGAGCCUCCCUAUUGUCCUCCUGGAUCGAAACCUCAGGACGGUGCUGAGUACCAAGCGUGUCAGUACAGAAACCUCAGCUUGGGUCGAAUUCGGCCACGCAAUUUUCACUUCUACAACAAAUGGCAUGAAAACCUUGAAUAUUUCUAUGGCAUGGUGCAAGAUCCUUGGCGACAUUCGGGUCAAACUCGCCUCAUUCAUGGCUGCAGCAGACAAUGUAUUAAUCCUUUAUGGAUUCCCCAGUGUUGUAAAAAUCAUCAUGGCCCUCAUUGCCAAGAAUGUCCUGGAGGACAAGAUAACCCGUGUAGUUUUCAUGGAAGAUGCAAUGAUGGAAGACAUGGAAAUGGAACAUGCCAGUGCUCCAUCGGGUUCAGGGGAACAGCCUGUGAACUGUGUGAACCAGGAAGAUAUGGAUCAGACUGCAAAAAAUGUAACUGCACAGAAAAUGGAAAAUGUGAUGAAGGAAUUUCGGGUGAUGGAGCCUGUUUCUGUAAAGAAGGCUGGACUGGAAAAUACUGUGAAUCUCAAUCUGAUGCAGUCCCUUUAUGUCUUCCAAAGUGUGAUAGUAAUGCUCUUUGCAGAAGAGACAACAAUUGUGAGUGUAAUCCAUACUAUGAAGGCGAUGGAAGAAAAUGCACAGUGGUUAACCGUUGCAAGGACAAUAACGGAGGCUGCCAUCACCAUGCUGUCUGCACUCAAGAAGAAAUUAACAUCACCUGUACCUGUCAGCCAGACUACGAGGGAGAUGGCAAUGUCUGCACACCCAAGGACAAGUGUCUGGAUGGCAGAAAUGGGGGGUGCCAUGAGCAUGCAAUAUGUUUCUUCGUUGGUCCAAACAAACGAAGAUGUGAAUGUAAGCAAGGAUUCCAAGGAGAUGGCAUUCAGUGCCUGUUAAAUGUGAAGCAUUCUGUAGGUCGUUGUGUCGAGAUGGAUGGUCUCUGCCAUCGUCAUGCAUUCUGUAAGGAUCUUCCCUUCCAAGAUAAGACAGCUGGAGUGUUCCAUUUGCAAUCACCCAUCGGGAAAUACAAGUUUACCUUUGAAGAUGCAGCUGCUGCCUGCAAUGCAGAGGGUGCCACACUGGCAAGUUUUGACCAACUUGCUACUGCUCAGCAGUUUGGCUAUCACCUCUGUGUAAUUGGAUGGAUGGCCAACAUGAAAGCAGGGUAUCCCAUAACCCACUUAAACCCGAACUGUGGUUAUGGCACCAUUGGGGUCUUUGAUUAUGGAGUGAGGGCAAAUCUCAGUGAAUUAUGGGAUGCUUACUGCUUUAGAAAGCAAGAUAUUCAGUGUGUAUGUAAAGAAGGCUUUGUAGGUGACGGCUAUUCCUGCAAUGGGGACCUAAUGAAUGUGAUCUCCAGUCACACCAAUUUUUCAAUCUUUUAUUCUAAAUUGCUGGACUAUGCCCAAGCGACUGAAAAAGGAAGAGAAUUCCUAGCAUUUCUGUCAGACAAGACAACUAAUGAAACAUUGUUUAUUCCCGUAGACUCUGGCCUUGAAGAAAGUGAGACCUUGUCAUGGAGUGAUCUCGAAAACCACAUCACCAGGAACAAUAGUUACAUUUUGUAUGAUGAGCUAACUACACAUACACUUGUUUCAUCCAGACUAGGAUAUGAUCUUCAUAUUGAUGAAGUUGCAUCUGUAAACAACUCUCUCCUUGAGGUUUCAAAGUUGGUGAAUGGCAUUCCUAUUUUGAAAUGGGAUAUAAUUGCCACCAAUGGAAUUAUCCAUGUUAUAAAAGGACCUUUAACAACUCCACAUCCAGUUUUAGAUUCUUCAACAUCAUCCCAUAUUGCCCUUGGUACAGCCCUGGGCCUGUUAUGUUUGAUAGGCAUUGCUGCUGGGUUCAUAGCUUGGUUCCGUCGCAGGAAUGACGGUUUCCAUUUUCAGUACUUCAAGGCCGAUGAUGAUGACGACAAUGUGGGCCUUAAACCAGAGGAUAAUCCUGCUCUGGUCUCAGUACCAAAUCCACUGUACGGUGCCUACGGUACAGUUUCAGAUAAUACGACUGAACCCUUUGAGGACGACGAUGAUGAAUAUGAAUCUUAUUCAUACACACAGAACAUUCUACAAGACUGAAGCUGGACCUCAUUUUACUAUCAGUUUUAUUGCAGCUUGUGGUGAUGCUAUUGGUCGGGGAGGGUGGGGGGGGGUGACAGGAAACCUUAAACUCCAGAUAGAUGAAAAUCUCCAGAGGGUGGGAGCUGUACAUUGGUAGUGAGAAAAAAAUAAUUGGACUAGGUAUUUAACCCCUCUUGGUAAUCAUUAAAGACUGUAUGUCACAAACACACCAAGUUCCAUUUACAGGGAUUUUUUUUUUUUGCAAUGGUCAGGUGACUCUAGAAAGCUUAUAAAUUUAUUUUUUCAUUUUGUACUAGUAGUUAAAGAUAAAUAACACUGUUUAUGAUGUGCCAAAAGGAUAGUGAAAUCUUUACUUUUGUUUAUGUUGCACUUUUUAGUCAAAUAUGAUUGGAUUUUCAUUUCCUUUCAACAUUUUAAUAGUGCAUUAAAAGGACAAUAAAUUUCCAACAAAGGCAAAACAUGGUAGAAUUGUUCAGCUGGUCUGGCAGAAAUGAAAAGUCCAAAAACUGCAAUUAAAUCAAAUGUAGAUCAUUUUGACAAACAUUCAGAUAAAGCCCCAGGCUGAUGAUUUCUGCUUGCCAGUGCACACCAUUUUUUGUCUUUUCCAACUAUUCAAUGCCUUGUAUAAAUUCCUGUUGCUCCACUUAUUUUUGAAUUCUGUACUCCAAAACUUGAGUUUGCUUAAAUAGUGAGACAGCCUAGAGGAGGAACAGCUAGAAACAUUUGUAUGAAGGAACUCGAGCAAGGACUGUGCAAUAGAUAGCAAAUGGCUGUUAACAUCAAGGUAUACUGGACUGUAUCACCAGUGCUUCACUUCUCCAAGAAAAAAAAAGUAGGGUCCUUUUUGUAUAUACCAGGUCAAGUGAAAAAUUAAAUAAAUGUUUCUAUUGAUA